AUGAGCAAAGAACAUCUGGUAGACGGUGUCGCUACUGCACACCAACUAGUCCAUCUGUCCUGGAGUCAUCAUGGUAACGAGUUAGCAAUUGUUGACGCUUUCGGCCAGAUAUCGAUCUACAGCGUGUUCAUUGCUAUCAAUCGCCUUAGUCUCUGGAGGCGCAGUGUCCUCGACCCAGAAGACCAUCUAAGUGCUGUGGUUGGAUUGACAUGGCUACACCUAGACAGACCAUCAUAUUUCCCUAAGCCCAUGCUCAAAGCCAAAGACCAGUGGAACUUCACGGUAUCUCAACAAAGAUUGCUGGGACCCCGGAACCCUUACCAACAAACUAAUAGCCCACAGAAGGCUGCUUUGCUCGCAGUCACAAGGGGUGGAUUGAUCAGAGUGUUGUAUCAAGGUCAGGAUAAUCGAUGGCAAGACUUCAAAGGCGAGUCAGAGAACAUUGCUAGUCCAUCCGAGCUUCUGACCCACGCCACAAUGUGUCCGGAAAAGAUUGCAGAUAACAAGAGCCCAGAUAAAGAAAGUCCCCUGCUUCUGGCAACGUACAAUAGCGAAAAGGAACUCCGGUUAUAUCGACUCAGCCUGGAUUUUGAGCACCAAAGCAUAGGCCUACAGCAUCUCAAAGUCUUGAACCACUGUGCUCCACUUGAUGAGAAUCUGGACGGUGCCUCAGCACAGUAUGAUGGUGUGCAAUCACGCAGUCAACUGUCGCUCCUUGAAUUUCUACCUCCGGGGCCGAGAUCUGCCAGUAAAGAACCAACGCAUCCGGUCCUCCUGGCUUCGUUUUCUUACGUCUCUGAUCAUUUCCAACACACUCGAACUCAUGCGGUACAGGCUACAAUACUUUGCAAGUGGGAGUUGCAAAUUGCAACGCCAAAGUUACAUACCAGCUUCAAUUCAUUGUCUUCGAAGAAGACCAGCGCGUCAUCGGUUGCGGAGCUUCCUUCUGAGAUACUCAUGAAGAGAUCGAAUGACAUCUUACUCCCUAGAGCCCUACUCUCCAUCCAGCAUAUGACGUUGAGGCCCGUUCUGGCCAUGAUGUAUUGUGAGGGUUUAGUCGAAUAUCGAGAGACUACAAACAUGAACGUGAUCCCUCGAGAUGGAAAAGACCAAAUCUCGAGUAUGGCCCAGAUUGGUCUCUAUUUGCCAGGGAGUAGAUUCUGCUUGCACACUGCCUUAUCUCCUAACGCUUGUGCUGCUAUUUCUCUCGACGAGCUGCACUUGGCAUCUUUGAGCUCUAUGCAGUUCGAGGACGAGCAUACAAGCGACCAAAUAGAUGAAGCGCGACUCGAAUUGAUCGUCGAAGCCUUCGUAAUGCAGUCAUCGGUUGCUUCUCUCAAUAACUUGAACAACGAGGACAUUGUCGCGGCACUGCAAGCUUUUUCGAACCAAUACUUGCACGACCAGGCACAAGCACAGGCAGGGCAUCCUCCGACACUAUUCAAUCCCAAUACAUUCAAGUUGCACUUCUUGAGCGAGCUAUAUCGGACGAUCGGUGUCCAGGUCGACUAUUCCAUCGAUCCGCAGAUGCAACAAUUGCUCCAGUCAAAUCAAGGCUUAACCCUUCAGCGAUGUCUGAGUGUCCAAGCGGCACUUGGUUAUGCUGGAGGGAGUCAUCGGCCAUCACCCUCGGCCAUUUUGGCUUGGACAUUUUUGAAUAUAAGAUCCGUUGUUAUGGUGUUCAUGGGGACCAUUAGUAGAAAGCAGGGUGUAGAGAACGAACUUGGCAAGCCAGAGACUGUCCAUGUACUGAUCGGCUUAGUAUCAUGGUCAAUGACCCUGAUCAGCUACAUCGUCGACGAUAUCUUCGUACUCGGAGACUUCCUUGAAGACCACAACGAUGGAGCAGAAAACAUGAGUCUUGAUGUCCUCAACGCAAGGAUCCGUGAAACCAACAGCCCAGCCCUGCUGCUCCUCCUUGUCUCCUCAUGCCGCAGCUUCCUCAAAUACAACUGCAACCCCUUGAAAGCCUUCAUGCAAGCCUGCAAAACGCAGCAAUCGCAGACACCCUUGAGACUAGCCUAUCAGGAGCUCGGAACCGUAUUCCAGAGAUCUCUGGUGUCGGUAUCGCAAUUCGAGCGUAUUCUAUCACAAUUAGAAAAUAGCAUCAGGAGUGCCUAUCAGGCAUCCGGGAUGAACGAGAAUGAACGGAGUAACAUCGAGAAGAACAUGCUUAUCAAAGCUGAAGUCCCCGAAGUACUACUGGGACCUGUGAAAGAUCUUCUAACCAACACAGCAGCUUCACUGAAAGAGGAAGUGAACGUCGCGGAACUCUACUUCGCCAACGUCGCCUCUUUGGGGCUCACGAACGACAACACAAGUAAGAGAUGGAGGAAGGAGCAUCCGCUGGAUGCUUUGCGUAAGAUUGAGUUGAGGAAUGUGAGCACGAGAAGAUGCACUAGGUGUGCUGCUGUAAUGGAAGAUUUGCUGCCGACCAGGACGGCGAGUGUGAUGGUCUCGCAAAUGAAGCAUUGCUAUUGCGGGAGCUGGUGGAUGGUUGGGGGAGAGGAGGAGGGGAAUGGGGAGGGAUACUGA